UCGAUAACUUACCAAUACUACACUAGCAACCAAUCAAUGGUGUGUGUGUUGUUGUUUCUAAUCUUAUGUAUAAUUUCAGUUUUUCGGUCACUCUUCUAAAUUUAUCAGAAAUGUAUAAGAUUUAUUGAAAUACGUUUUUGUCCUUGCAAUAGAUUACAAAAGUGAUAGUAAAUGAAUAUCAUGAGGUACAAUGAGUGACUCCGAUAUUGCAUCCAAUAUAACAAACAUGCAGUCUGAAUCUCAACAAAAACUCGGAGAGUUCGAUAAAAGUAGAUCUAAUAAGAUGAUCGGUGAAUCUCAGAGUACUUGUUACUGCGGGAAAGAUCGAAACUUAAACAUCGCCGAACUACUUUGUGCAUCGUGUAACCGAUGGUUUCAUGAAUCGUGCAUUGGAUAUCAACUAGGAAAACUUGUUCCUUUUAUGACAAAUUACCUUUUUAUAUGUAAAAAUUGUUCACCUACUGGCCUGGAAACUUUUAAGAAAAAUCAAGCACCUUUUCCUCAGAUGUGUCUUACGGCAAUAGCAAAUCUCAGACAGGAGAGUGUCAAGGAUGGCAGUAAUAAACUUUUAUUCAGCAAAGACCGUGAAAUUAUACCUUACAUUGAUCAAUACUGGGAGGCUAUGACAACAAUGCCUAGAAGAGUGACUCAGUCUUGGUAUGCAACUGUGCAAAGGGCUCUGAUCAAAGACAUCCAAGUGUUGUUUACGUAUGAAGAGGACUCUUCUCUUGGACCAAUGUUUGGAUUGUUUAAUAUGGAGCUUACAUCUAUAAAACCCAACUAUGAGGCCAUGAUUAAACAGGGUCAGUUAAAGGUCACAGAUAUGGGAAUAGCUACCAUACCUCUGGCGGGUAAUGUAAAGGGUCGUCAAGGCAAACGUAGGCCAGCUGUGGGGGCUGGCGCGGAUGGUGGAGCGCCAGCGGGUAAAAAAGGGCGCGGAGCGGAACUGUCUGCGCUCAAACUACCCUCUCACGGAUACCCAACAGAACAUCCCUUCAACAAGGAUGGUUAUCGAUACAUACUCGCUGAGCCGGACCCCCACGCACCAUUUAGACAGGAAUUCGACGAGAGUAACGAAUGGAGUGGAAAACCUAUACCGGGAUGGCUGUACCGUUCGCUUUGUCCGGGGAUAGUGCUGUUGGCGUUGCACGACCGUGCGCCACAACUGAAGAUAUCUGAAGAUAGACUCGCCGUUACUGGCGAGAAGGGUUACUGUAUGGUCCGGGCCACACAUGGGGUAUCGCUUGGGUGUUGGUACUGGGAGGCGUGUGUUGAAGAGAUGCCGGAGGGUGCCGCCACUCGGCUGGGGUGGGGCCGGAGGUACGCCAACUUGCAGGCGCCUCUCGGUUACGACAAGUUCGGCUACUCCUGGCGCAGUCGCAAGGGCACUAGGUUUCACGAGUCUCGUGGUAAACAUUACAGCUCUGGUUAUGGCGAAGGGGAUACCCUUGGGUUCCUCAUAGUGCUUCCUUCCAGCGCACAUACAAAGUAUACGCCUAACACAUACAAAGACAGGGUACGUAUAUACUUACUAGUUCGAAUUUACAUGACACCUAUUCUAUUCCUCAGCGUAAAAAUUAAUUUUUACAAUGAUGGGGAAAAAUAUAUUGUUUUGGAAAAUGUGAUAUGCUUUAACUGUAUGAUAAUUUUAAGAGUUUAGUUGAACGUUUUCGGAAAUUAGUAAAUAUUUAUUAUAGAUUGUGUUCCAAGAAUUGCCUCAAUAUAAAAAAUAAAAUUUUAGAAGGUCUGAUUUUAUUUCACCAGCCCCUGGUCAAAUUCAAGAGUCAUCUUUACUAUGAAGAUAAGGACAAUAUCCAAGAAUCUCUCAACAAUCUGAAGCCACUGCCCGGCAGUAAGAUAUACUAUUUCAAGAACGGCGAGUGUCAAGGGGAGGCGUUCAUAGAUAUAUAUCAGGGUUGCUACUAUCCAUCCGUGUCUCUACAUAAGAAUGUAACGGUCAGCGUAAAUUUUGGACCCAAUUUCAAGUAUCCACCAUCCAAUGAGUAUAAUUACAGACCGAUGUCAGAAAAAGCUGAAGAAGCUAUUUGUGAGCAAACCAUGGCCGAUUUACUGUACUUGACUGAGAAUGAGGGCAAAUUGAGAUUGGACAAUUUCAAUCUCUGAUACAACUAACACCGUUGACAUAUAACGGUGUGAUUGUGAACAUUAUGUGAAUUAUUAUGUGAUAAGUACAUAUUAAAUUUAAGUAUGUUGUGCAGUGGUUGAUUAUGUGAUCAUGUAUGGUAUAUUAUACAUUUAUUAUGAUUUGGUUUUUAUUUUUCAACA